AAUAAGAGUCACAACUCUAUCCUUUCUCAUUCAUUUCCUUCUAGCCCGCAACACACACCAAAACAUGAAGAGAGAGGGUCGCCAACAUGGGAUGGUUAGGACUUACCGGAUCCUACCAUCUUCAGUAAAUCCAAGACCCGAAACCCGGUUCAUCAAUAAAUUUGAUUCGCCCCCAACUGCCGGGUUGUUCACCAAGGUGCCAUCCAAGCCCACCAAUCACUCAAAGUUUACAGGGAAGUGUGCAACCCCACGAUGCACCGGUUGUCACGUGCACCCAACAAGUAAGUCCAAGCUCAAGGCCAAAGGGGCACAGAAGCUAAAGUCAAAUGACGUCAUGAUAAAUUCUCGGUUUGUCAGUUGGCGGGUCGUGGAUGGACAACCCGGUUUGAAUUUCUCCAGUAUCUCUGCCACUGAUCUUAUGGAUCAUUUGUCAAGUGAUUAUAUGAAUGAUGAUGAAGUUUCUGAUCUCGAUGAUGAGCAUAAUGAGUCGGUGGAUCUUACAUCUACAAACAGAGGGAACGACAACGUAGAGGUCGAUACUAAAAACAAUAAUGAAGAGAAACAUGUUAUUGAUGAUGAUGAGAUGAGUUUUUGUGAUGUGGGGUUGAGAUUGGAUCGAGUUGAGGAGGAGGAAGGUUGGUGUUUAGUGGAGGAAUGGUGAUUGCUAAUCUAUGGUUAAUUUAUUAUGUACAUUGACCAUUUCGAAUGAUUCCUUUGUAGCUUUCUUUCUAUUAUGCGUCCUUUGUUUACUUAAAAUAAUGUAAUGUACAACAUCUCUUAGUGGAGAGGUUGUCGCAUAUGCUCUUCUUCUUGGUUUUUAUAAUCGCAAGUGUCGGCAAUAGCUUUUAAGUA